AUGCAAUCCUUCGGCGACACGACCAAGGCCUCGUCCAGCAAGCAAGCGGCGGCGCCAUGGCCCUCCACCACGCCAGUCGACCCCGACCACGACCCGGACCACGACACCGCCCCCGAAACGGCACCGCCCCAGUUCCGCCGCCGCCGCCUCACCCCCUGGAGCCCAGCCUGGCACUGGACCAAGCUCACGCUCCGCUGCGCCGCAACCAUGACCGCCGCCGCCGGCAUCCCCAUCGCCGCCGCGACGCACGGCGAAGGCACGCGCGCGCCCCUGCGCUUCGGGCUGCCGGCGCACGUCGCGGCGCUGGCGUACGACCUGGCCGAGUGGGCCGUGGUGCAGCGCCACUUCCGGGCGCGGCGCGGCAUGCGGCCCGCCGUCACGGCCGGCGCCGAGGCCUCCCUCGUCGUGCUGCACGCCGUCCUGCUGGCGCUGUACCUGUACAUCAUGCUCGGCGGGUACUGGGCGCCCAACUGGUUCGGCCGCGGGGGCUGGGGGUGGCCUGUUUUGUGCAUGGGGAUUGCCAUCGUGGCGCGCAUCGUCCUCGCGGGACGAGCCGCGAACGAGGUGUACCGGCUCAGAAUGACGACGGCCAGCGGGGAUGCGAUUCGGUACUUCCACGAUGCCGACACGAACGAACCGCCGGCGCGCGUUGUCGUUCCAUCCUGGCACGGCGUCGAUGCGGAGGCCGGCGGGAUGGAGCCGCCAUCGGGGUAUCGGGAUGCUGACGAGCAGGGGAGCACGGACAAGGUGUUUCUGCCGAGUCCCUCUCGCGAGUAG